CUGAGUAUGCCUUCCCGUGUGGUGGGAAUAUUGCCGGGUAAUGUUUGGUGCGUAUUACUGAUUGUUGCCGUUCAACUUCACCCAACAGCUGGGCAAAUGAAUAGCUUUGAGCAACUCUUCCCGGUGUUCUCGUCGAUGUUGGAGCACAGCAUGCAACCGAUCGAGACGCAGCAAUAUGCUGGUGGUGGCCACCAGUCCAAAUCCGGUGCUGUGGCUGUGCCUGAUGAUGGCUCAUCGUCGCAAUCCCUUUGGCCGACACGAUUUGGACACAGCCAACGACAAUUUUUGAAUGCUGAGAGUCGACUGAAGAAAUGCUGCGCGAAACUGGAUCAUGCAGAUAGUUUUUGUAAGGCGAAUUAUUGCGGAUUCGAUGCACUCAGCUCGAAUACGAUACACGACGGAACGAGCAUACCCGAAUCAGUAAGCACUAAAAUACCCGAUAGAACUAGAAUACCCGACCAGUACCCUCAGAAAUACCCGAUAGAACCAGGAUACCCGGCCGGUAUCCUCUAA